CAGGACUCUGUUUACUUUCUCUUCUUUGCUAAGGAAGGCCGGUUCACUGGGACCGCGGCGCACACAGGCCCGCCAGGGGAAAUGCUCAGUCCAAGACCUUAACUUUUAAAAGCCCUUUGUUCCAAACGUUAGUGUGGACGAUGCUCUUGCAGGAUGCCUUUCCUUUUGGGUCUUAGACAGGAUAAGGAAACCUGUGUGGGUACCAACAAUCAAAGCUACAUCUGUGACACAGGACACUGCUGUGGACAGUCUCAGUGCUGCAACUACUACUAUGAACUCUGGUGGUUCUGGCUGGUGUGGACCAUCAUCAUCAUCUUGAGCUGCUGCUGUGUGUGCCACCACCGCCGAGCCAAGCAUCGCCUUCAGGCCCAGCAGCGGCAGCAUGAAAUCAACCUGAUCGCCUAUCGAGAAGCCCACAAUUACUCAGCGCUGCCAUUUUAUUUCAGGUUUUUGCCAAACUAUUUACUACCUCCUUAUGAGGAAGUGGUGAACCGACCUCCGACUCCUCCCCCACCGUACAGUGCCUUCCAGCUACAGCAGCAGCAGCAGCAGCUGCCUGUGCAGUGUGGCCCCGCGGGCGCCAGCCCCCCGGGCUCCGAUCCCACCAGGGUCCCCCAGGAGGCGCAGAGUAGCCCCUUGUCGGGGCCCAGCAGAAGCAGCACGAGACCCCCGAGCAUCGCAGACACUGAGCCCUCCGACGUGCCAGCCAGCACAGCAGCCACCAAAGCCGCAGAAAUGGAGCCCAGUGGCUCUGUGGCAGGCCUGGGGGAGCUGGGCCCCGGGGCCUUCCUGGACAAAGAUUCCGACUGUAAGGAGGAGCUGCUGCGAGAUUACAGCUCCGAGCAAGGCAGCACCCUCCCCGAUAGCAAAGACAAGACUCCUGGCCGACAUCGCCGCUUCACAGGUGACUCAGGCAUCGAGGUGUGUGUAUGCAACCGGGGCCACCAUGACGACGACCUCAAGGAGUUCAACACGCUCAUUGACGACGCUCUGGAUGGGCCCCUGGACUUCUGUGACAGCUGCCACGUGCGGCCCCCCGGUGACGAGGAGGAAGGGCUCUGCCAGCCCUCCGAGGAGCAGGCCCGCGAGCCCGGGCACCCCCACCUGCCACGGCCGCCCGCGUGCCUGCUGCUGAACACCAUCAAUGAGCAGGACUCCCCGAACUCUCAGAGCAGCAGCUCCCCCAGCUAGAGCAGGCCCUGCCUGCGGCUUGACAACUUGGCACAGCAACCAGGGCAGGGGAGCGCCAUGACGGAAGCAUUAAGUGACUUUCCGGAAGAGUGGUCCAGCCACUUCCGUUCCUUGCCCCCCGCCCCUCGGCUCCUGCAUUUUCCUGCAUCUCCCGUUGCAGCGGGGGGCGUGGAUGCCUCUCCGCCCACAGAAGCACGGUGUUGUGGGGGACUGAGAGGUUGGUUCUUUCUGUGACUCAUUCCUCAUACCCCACCCUGUCCCCCUUUCUCUCUUUUCAAGUCAUAUCUCACUCCCCGCUUGGUCAGAGAGAUGUGUGUUUCAGAAGCCCCAAGGAGGGGGCUGAGACUGUGCCCUGAGGUCACUCUUGGUGGUGGAGUGGAUUUAUGCUCUGGCGUUCGUUUAAGAGAACUUUGCUGUGUCUCAGCCUGGGAGAGGUGGCAGGUCUCAGCCCUGGGUGAAGAAGGAAGGCCGCAGAGGCCCAGGGAUUGUCACCCCUCGCUGCCCUUGGCUGCAGAGCUAGAGCUGGGCUUGUCCUUGGGGCAGCAGAGAGCUCGUAGACAGUUUUGUGGUAGGCUGGUGGGGGGCUUACUGCUCUCUCAGAUUUCAGGUGAUGAGGUCAAUGUACCACUGUGCAUCCUUGCGGGCGCCCUUCCCAGCAGGUUUUGGCUGGCCACAGACUGGUUCAGUGUGGAACAUCCUAUCACGUUUCUGGUUUUUCUUUAAACAACAACAGAGCUGAAAACAAGAACUUUACCAGUGGGGGCAGGCAAGAAUUCUGUUCUGGAAAAGGGAAUUCUGUGGCUCUAUCCCAAGUUGACCUUGAAGGAACCUGGCUACCUUUGAGCCAGGAAGAGAGGUUUCGUGUGCAGGCUUGGGUGGGGGCUGUCUCAAACUUUGGUGGGAGCACAGGAGGCCCUGAGCCGUGGCAGUGGAUACAGGUGCAGCUCUCUGCAUCUCUGUCCUUUGCUCUGUGCCUGUAGGUGACCAGGGUCCCCCCCCACCAACACACAGUCUGCAGGCCUUCAUGCCUUGCUGUUCUCUGUGAACAAAUGAGGCUGUGGGUCCUCACAAGGAGUGGCCCCAUAGCCUGGCUUUUACACAGUAUUUUCUCUUGAUUCUGAAUAACUUCUUCUGGGUUUGUUUUGUUUUGUUUUUUUAAACUGACCACUUGGGGAAAAAAAUGCCUUGGUUAUCUGUGGUUUUCAUACCCUUUCCCAGCCCUUCCCCAGCCCCCUUUUUGAGUGGGGUAACUAUUUUUGUAGCCUAUGUAAAGAGCCUAAGUGGCCCAGGUAGGAGGGUGAAGGCAGGGGUCCGGAAAACCUGCAGGAUCCUUAUUACUGUAGUUUGGCUUCAGAUAACCAGUUGAGUUUGAUAGGAAUAACCUGAAUGGAGAAAGCAAACAGCUAAAACUAACAUUCCCUUUCCAGCGCUGUUCAUGUGAGAGUGAUUCUUUCCCCCUCUCUUGAACGAUGAUAUUCACGUUAGGCAUUGACGUUACAGUAAGAAAGGAAAAAUUUAAAAAAAUCUAUACAUAUGUACAAAAAUAGACAAAUCCAAGGCUGUGAGGUAAACGAGUGUCUGCGUUUGGAGUCCACAAAACCAAAAUCUGUGUUGAACAAAGUGAAGUCUAUGUACAAUGACUUUUUGGAUCGCCUGUGUAUGUCUGUCCACUGUGUGUGAGCCCCCAGCCCUGUGUUCCUGUGAAUAUACUUUGAAUGGCAGCCGUUGUGCUCACGUCAGCCACACGUUCGGAGCAGAUAUGGCCCUCUCAAGGUAAUUUAUUUUACACAUUUACUGUUUACUGAACAAACGUCUGACUGUGUACUCGGGUGUAUCCAGCAGCAUUGUCGAUGGCAGCCCCGCCCCCACGCCCACCCCCACGUCCCUGUUCUGCCAGAGAUAACUGUGCUCGAAGUAGAGGCUUUCCUCUACCCAUCACUGCAAUUUGCACAUCGCUCCGUGGACACUUGGAGGCCUGUGUUCUGUUCCCUGUAUAUGGAAAUGUGCUCUGAACCUGCCAGCCUCCCUCGGCUCCUCCUGGCCCUAGGGAUCAGCCCCCAGGGGGCGUUCAAAACCACUCUGCCCAGAAAGGCGAAGGCGGAACUUCAGACAGAAGCUUGAUUGGAUCUUCAGUGACAAGCUUGGACUAGCUGUGGCCCUUCCCGGAAUUGCCAGGAGAGUUUGGCAGACACCGCAGUGCCAUAGGGCUUACCUCUCUCUGCUGAGGCCCAGCGUCGUGCAAGCAAGCCCGGGUGUGGCAGGAGUGGGCGGGAGUGCGUCAGCAGCCCUCAGAUGCCUUUCCUUCCACUGUUGUUUUUUUUGUUUUGUUUCGUUUUGUUUUGUUUUGAAUAAAAUCCCAAACAACUCACUGAAGGAUUCACCAAAAUGAAUCCUUCUUCAGUUAACUGAUCAAAUGGAUGAAUUCUGGCCCUCUCAAGUUUCCUUCCCCAGCAGGGAGUAGGGAACUGGUCUGCGUGUUAACUGUUGGGGUCACUGCAGCGUCCUGCCCUAACGGCAUGAGAAAAAUCGAAUGCAGCCACGGAGCCAGGAGCCAGGCUUGAUUUCAGCGAUCACAGUCUGGCCCCUGCCAAGGGGGGCUCCCCUGCCAGGAGAGAGAUGGAAAUAGGAAGCUGAAAGACUAGUCGGGGCAGGGCAGGGGUUGGGGGGCAGGGAGAUUUGACUGAAUCUGGUUUUUCAUGUGAACGAGAAGCAAGGGGCUGGUCUGGUGGAGGGUUUGGUGCUACAGUCGGAAGAGUUGCAAAUGCUAACACAUUCCUGUGUGAGGCACAUCACCAUUUGUCAGUUCUUGUGAAUAUGUGUAUUUUAAGCAAUAAGAUUCAGCUGGUCAGACUUUUCUGGGCAGUCUCGGUGACGCAUUUCCUGUGCUGUGAUUGUUCUGAAGACAGAGUGGCUCUAACCACUGUGAGAAGCUCAAAUAAAAUCAAUCCCAAAAAUGCAA